AACAUGAUGUUAUUUUUCGAAGAAUUUUUAUUGUUUUAAAUAAUUUUGUUGCAUCAUUGGCGAAAGAUUUACCCGAACGUGUCAAACAUCACUCACGUUUAGUGUUUAACGCACGGAAUUUUUUACAGUGGAUAACAAAAUUAUUGGGGAAGUAUAGGACGUAUUUCCGACUUUGAUGAACCUUUUAAAGAUGUUAAAGUUCCUGUUUCGUUAGUACGCCAUAUUUGCACGAUCUUUCAAGAUCACUGCGUAGCUAUAUUAUAACAUGACAUUGAGAAGAAGUAUCUCAUUAAAAGUCUUGAGAUUAAAACUCGUCGAGCAGUUCGAUUAUUUUUUACCUACAAUUUCAACUCAUUGGCUUUGUAAUCACGAAAGCAUGCAAUUCAUCAGCGUUUUUUGCGUAAUAUUCGCGAUCUUUGAAUUCGCUAUUGGAUCUGUGGAGGAACCCUAUCCAGAUUUAUAUGAUCAAGUAGAUGUGGAUGCUAUUUUUAAAAGUGAACGACUGCUUAAUCAAUACAUACAAUGUAUAAUUGAUGAGGGCCCUUGUACUGCCGAUGCACGCAGUUUUAAACAAAUACUUCCCGAUAUAUUGGUUACACAAUGUGCAAGGUGUAACGACUUUCAUAAGAAAAUAGCAAGGAAUGUUUUUCAGAUAAAAGAAAAGAAACCUGACUUGUGGGUUAAGAUUCAAAGAAAAUACGAUCCUGGUAAUAUAUACUUACCUAAAUUAGAAGAAGUUGUGAAAUAUUAAUAUACAUUUUAUUAUUUUUAUCAUUGUUUAAAAAUCACAUACGUGAAAUAUAAGAAUAUAAAAUAUUUAUUUCUAUUUUCAUUUUACAACCUAGCGUGGUCGCAUAUUUAGAGAUAUUCGAAUAUAACUAAACAAAAAAAGAAAAGAACAAAAGUAUAU